UCGGAGACUCUUGGUACUGUUUUCACCUGCAGUUUAAGCCUCUGUGGAGCUUCUUAAAGUUAUACAGCCCAAUGUUUUUCUACGAGUGAGUGGGUUUUAACUAUCGGAAUGGAAGGUAAAGUCAUUGGACCGGGUCCGUAUCGGGCGACGAAGCUGUGGAAUGAAACCAUUAAACUCUUCCGAGGAGGCAUGCCGCUGAGAAGGCACUGGGCAAACUUCCGCUACUAUGAUUGCAGUUUCACAGGAUCUGAGGCCGUGGAUUACCUGCAUGAGCUACUGAGGCACAACUACAACUUUGGGCCUGAGGUGACUCGUUACCAGACUCUGCAGCUGCUUAGGAAGUUUCUCAAGGCCCAUGUCAUUGAAGAUAUCAAAGGACGCCAUGGGACAGAGGACUUCGAAGACAACAGUCAUCUGUACAGGUUCCCCACACUAUCUCCUCUGAAGUCUUUUCCAGCAAGACCUCUCUUGAGAGGAAGCUGUGACCUGCCCAGACUCAUCCGCUGGGAUGACUAUGAAGAAUUGCCCCAACAGGAAAACAUUGCUCCACUGAAGUCAGCCGUCAUGACUUCAGAUUUGUGGAAUAAAAGGCACAGUGUGGCUAUUGGAGAUGUGCAUGAAUGCAAGCUCAUACGCAGGAAGGAAAUUACUCCAAAACAAGUGGACCACAUCUGGAAAUCAAUGACAAUUGCACAUUUACAGAGAGUGUUGGGCCUAAAGUCAUUGGAUGGAGUGUUAAACCCCACACAUGUGAACGGCAAGCACAUUGUUCACAAUGUGUUCAUUGUUAAUAAGACGGGCAUAGUCGUAUUGGAGAACAAAGCGGAGGACAUGCCCUAUUGGGUGGUAUCAGCAAUGAAAUGCCUCGCCAACUGGCCUAAUGGCAAUGAAACCAAACAGCCAUUGUACCCAGGUUUCGAGAGAGAUGUUCUGAGAACAGUAGCAGAUUAUUUUCAGCGGCUCAAAGAACCACUACUGACUUUCCAUCUAUAUGAGGUCUUUGUCAACAUUCUUAGUCUGCUGCAGGAGGAGGAGUUAGCCACUGAGGCUCUAAAAGCCAGCUGUCUGUUACUGCCACCGGCCAACCGGAGACGCCUCCAGCUUUUGCUGCGUCUCAUGGCGCGGGUCUGCCAGAAUCCCCACCUGCCUCCCCUUAAUGACACCAUUGCAACCCGCACACUGAUGGUGCAGAUGUUCUCUCACUGCGUUCUGGGUUCAGGAGAUGAGAUGGACUUGGACGACCUGCUGGCUACCAAACUAGUGACCUUCAUGAUGGAGCACCACAACACCAUCUUUCAAGUGCCCUCCAAGCUGCGUUGCCAGGUUGAGGAGCACCUGUCCCAUCUCAAAAGAGUUCAGAUUAAAUAUGCGGGUUCAGAUACAGACUUCAGUUCAUCUCCAGCUUUUUGUAAACAGAUCAGCAGGGUGGAGUCUGAGGAGCAGAAGGUGAUAGGUACUCAGACCCCCUUACAGGAGCUGUUGGAGGGCUUGAUUGCAGACAAAGAACUCCCUGCCAAGGACAAAAGAAAAAGGCUUAAACAGUUCCAGAGGUCAUACCCAGAAGUCUACAACAAUCGAUUUCCCACAGAGGAAAGCAAAGCUGCUGUCAUACCUGAGAAAACUCCUCGACUCAAACCUAAUCUCAUGUUCUUCAACCUCAAGAAACCCUUCCAGCCUUUUCAGAGGAGCUGGAGUUUUAGGGCAUGAUGACCACUGACAUAUCUACACUUCAGGCUGUAUGCACAACCUCAACCUCACUGUCCUGAGACAAGGAGAAAUGUAGCUGUAUUGGUACUAAUUUAAAAAUAAUGAAUUUGACAUUGUAGCACUGUUAAACUAAAGACAUUUAAAGGGUCAGUUCACUCAAAUUACAUAAUAAAUAGAGAUUUCCCAUUUACAUACACAGACACACCAGUGCACAAGUAUAAAUGUUCACAAUGGCAUAGAUCACUUAUGGAGGCUACAGCAUUGACUCCACAUUAAUCCUAGAUAGAAUUAUAAACCAGGUUAAUAUUGCAUCCAUUGAAUGUGGAUGGGUGAACUGACCAUUUAAGGAAUACAUUUCUACUUACUGUUGCUAGAAAACUUGAACAAAAUAUAGGAAACAUUUACUAACAGUAAAAGAACCACUGAUGUUUCUUAAAAUGAACUUUAAUCGUUGUCCUAAAUUU